AUGACCGUCGGCGCACCCGUGGUAGACCCUCUCACCAUCCUCCCCCCAGAGAUUGUCCUCCAAAUUCUGGAGUUCACACCCGUCUCGGCCCUCGCGUCUCUCACUGCUACCUCGAAGGCCUGGCAUCAGUUUAUCGACGUCACCCACCAAGAAGCAAUCUACACUUCCGACUCGAAGACGUCUCACCCCCCUGGAGGUUCCCGGGACUUUUCGUUCCUCUCCGACACACACAGUUUUGCCAAAGUAUUUGAGAACACAACGUCAUGGAAGGAUCUAUGCAAGCGCCAAACACUACUCGCUCGUAAUUGGGCCGAUACACGUCCAGUGAGCCAGGAGUCUGUGCUUCAAGUUGGCAAUGAUCCUGUUUGGCGAUUCAAAGCCGAUUUCAAGCGCCGGUUCUUUGUUUCCACCUCUCAUGCUGGAGGAUUGAACGUCACUGAUAUGGACACGGGCGACAUCUUAUGGCGACUUCCCUCGGUGCUGGAUACCGAUGGUGACUCGGUCCGACCAUACGCCCACCUGGAGUAUCAGGAUGGAAUGGCCGUGUUUGAUAGCGAAGGAGAUUCCGUGGAGGUCUGGCAGACGGACCAAGAAGGCGCCAUGCGCGGAGAGUUCCGUCGCAUUGCGAUCUUGAACCACGAUUGUCAGACUAGAGGCUUCCAGCUGUCUCAUUGGAACCUUUGCGUUGUGUCUAACAAGGGACAGGGUUUUGUUUACGAUAUGACGCAGCGGCCUCCAAAAUUGACCACGCACUUGAAGAUAGAGAAAGACGGUGUCGGCCACCUAGACCAGAGCAAGGACGCGGUGAUUUAUUCAAUGGGAAAGAAGGGAUACUUUGCAUACAACAAGGAAACUGGUGCAUUCUUGGGCAACUUGCAACCGGCCCAUUGCACUGACAGAUACCACGUCCGCCCACCCCCGGCCACAUUCCCCUCUGCAGGCGCAGCUCUGGCUGGAGCUGCGCGACUCGGCCCAUCGCAUCGUUUCUUCCCACCUGGAACCCCAAGCAAGGAUGGGCUGGUGCCAAUCAAGAUUGAAAAAGGCCCUCUUCCUGCGCCAAGUGACCCUGAACACGUCUGGCACGGAGAGGAUGAAUGGGGAUCGGGUAUGAUUCGCGGCAAUCUCUUUGUCGGCUUCUCUCGUGCCGGUCGUGUAUUCAUUUGUUCCAACUGGCGCAAGGCAGUUCAUGACCAAGCCAGCCUGGCAGCGAACAGCUCCAUUCUUGAGUGCGAGUCAGAUGGGUCAAGCUUUGACCUCGGAGGCUGGUUAUCAGUCCGCAAUCACCGAGUCAUGUUUGAGAUUCAGGAUCGUAUCUACGUCGUUGCUCUUGAUGAUAACGAUAAGAUUCAGGAUGUUGAACAUCCCACCCGCGCUUCCUACUCGCUGCUCACCAGCUCCGCACCUCAACUUGCCGUCCCAAUCAGCUACAUGGCGUUGGCCGAUGAUGCAAUUAUGAGCACUUACACCACCCUUGGCUGGCGCGACUCCACUCAACCCGGUGGAAUUCCCGCCGCCCCAGGCGCAAACCCGGCUCGUGUCUUCCCCACCAAAGCCAUCCGCAUCGUCAGCCUAGCUCCUGACCUCGUCAACAAAGCUACUCCAACCUCUCAUGAUGGAGCAGACCCUUCAGCAUCGACUGAAGGUACACAAAGUUCCAGUCAGAACCCUCCAGGGCAAGGCACAUUUGGCACGCAAGCCGGACUCUUGCAGUUACUCAGCUUGCUUCGAGACGAAGUCAUGGAAGAGGCAGACUUUGAAGAGUUCGCCGUGGGCGAACUCGAUGACGAGUGGGAGAGCGUGGACGAAGAAGAGGAAGAAGAAGAAGCCGGAGAUGAAUCCGAGAACGCGCAUGCGCACGACGGAGCCUAG